AUGUCCACAUCCGAGACAGCUGAGGCAGCUGCGCCUCCCGAACAUGCGGUGCCUGAGCUUGACAUCUCCAAGCUGCACGAGCUUCCAUCCGAACAACAAGAUCUAUUCUUGCUUACAUUUACCUCGGACCUAGUGCAAUACAUCUCUUGCUUGGACGCUGCAGGAGUUUCCGCGCAUCAGAAGGAGCUCAAGAAAGAAUUGUUCAAGGUCCUCACUCUCACUUCUCCCACCCUCACACGAGUGCUUCGCAAUAACCUGGGCCGAUGCUUUGGAGCUAUUUUAACCAAAGGAGAUCGCGGAAUACUCUUCGAGACAAUCAACGAUUUGCUGGGAAUCUUGAACGCGGGAAAAAAUGAGGCCGAGCUCAAGAUCAAGUUCGCCGCGGUACACUGCCUAGGCGAGGUGUUCGCGACAGCUGGAGAGAGUGCAUUUAUGCAGGCCAAUGUGGCGAUUACAAGCACACUGAAACUGCUCAAAUCAGCGAGUAGUCACACAGGUCUGCGUGGCGUCAUAUUCUCAGUUUUGCGCAAAACAAUCGUCGGGAUUGGUGUACCGGUUGACGAGUCGCUCGCUCGGGAUAUUUGGAAACAGGCACGUAACGCAGCAACUAGCGACAAAUCGACAUUCGUUCAGGUGCAUGCAUGCCGUUGCUUGGAGCAGCUGAUUAAUACAACCCCUUUCUUCGAGAACACAAAUGACUUUGAGAACCUCAAAAAUACAAUCUGGAAAGUCAUCGAUAGUCCCACGGCACCUGUCCGCCAUGCCGCAGCUGCUGUUUUGGGCCGGACGCUUGUCAAGCUUCAUGUUACAGAGAUGCAUGUGAUCUCAACACCCAAGCCGAAAUCGAAAAAGUCUAAACGCAUGUCGAAAAAACCCGCUUCCCGACCAGGCGAGGAAGAUGAGGACGAGCUAUCUGAAUCCUCCACGGCGGCGGCAGCGGCAGCAGCAGCUAGUGUGUCUAAGAAAGAUACCCGGCUUUUCUUCCUCCUCCCAGACCUCCUUCGUCAGCUUUCCCUUCAAUACGUGAAAAGCUCAACUUCAAAUCGUACCCGAGCCGGAAUCUGCCUGUGCUAUAAAUUCGUGCUGCGCAAUCUGGGUGAUAAGAUCGUGGAAGAGCGAUAUGGCCAGGUCGCAUCGAACUUACUGUUUGAAUUGCUCAAUCAUCCUACCGUCACAUACAACAGGUUCCGGCUGCUGAUGACCCGCAAGUUUGUCAAAUCGAUACUGGAGGACACUAUUGGCCGAGAACUGCUGCGGGAGAACAGCCAACUGAAUGCUGCGAGAUGGCUCAUCAAUGAAGUGCUCAAAGACUACCCACAAGUCAUACAAGAGCGUCGCGAACCAAGCAAAUACACGCUCACAAGUACCAUCAGUGCUCUUGCGUCGUUGAUUGCGUCUCUUGGUUCUGCAUUUGCCGUACUUGCAGAUGCAUGCCGAGACGCUUUGCUCCAAGUUCUUCCCCAUCCCAGCUACACAGUUCAAAUCCAUGCCGCGCACUGCUUGCGAGGUUUUGUACUGGCCUGCCCUCACCAGCUCAUCUCGUGUGUUACCAUUUGUAUGAACAGCCUCAACCGGGAAAUUGGCCAGCUUGGAACGCCGAGGCAGUCACCUCGUCGCUGCGUUGGAUAUGCGAAUGGUCUCUCGGCAAUGCUAAGCACGUCCCGGCUGCAGCCCCUCUAUGGUGCCGUGGACGUGUUUGCUCGCAUCUUCACACAGGCCACAGAUCUUCUCAAGAUCAGUACCUCAUCUGAGCUGCGAGUUGCAAGCACCCAGGUACAGACCGCUUGGAUUUUGAUUGGUGGGCUGAUGCCUCUAGGGCCAAGCUUUGUUAAGAUCCAUCUUUCCCAAUUGAUGUUGCUUUGGAAAAAUGCACUGCCGAAGCAUUUAAGCAAAGAGAACGCGGCGCAGCCGAGUACGCUGGAGACGAGUUUCCUUGCUCACGUUCGAGAAUGUGCUUUGAGUGCCUUGCUGGUCUUCAUGGAGUUCAACAGCAAGCUCAUAACCGCCGAUGGAGCCAAACGAAUCGCGGCCAUGCUGCAAAAUACUGUGGAGUUCCUUAAUGAAGUGCGGCGUCCCAAGUCCAUGGAAGAUAUCUCACAGCGACUACAACCGUCUUUGCAGCUCGUUGACUUCGCGACCAUGGUUCGUCGUCGGGUUUUGCAGUGCUUCUCAAAAUUGCUUCAUGUUCAGCAUCUCAGCCACGGGGAGAUCAUAUCCCAGUCCAAUCUACUCAAUCUCGCAAUUUCCUCAUUCGCCGAUCCAGAUAGUCAAAUAAAGCCACUGGAAAGCUCCAUCGCAGCCUCGACUGGCCAGUUCGACGGUCUGUGGGAUCUUUGUGACAGCUAUGGAUUCGGCGUCACUGGGCUUGCGCGAGAGUACAUCAGUGCCACACUGACUGGGUCGCAUGGCAAUGAAACUGGUCCCGCGUGGUCUGCUGUCGAUUCUGUGGAUCAAAAUGUGGACGAUACAUUAACAUUCCCUGUCUGCGAAGCUAGCGAGCAUGACUCUCUGCUCUUGUAUAGCCUUCGAGUUGGUGAUUCUCAAUGCGCGGACCCGCCGACGACUGGUGUCGUGAACGCGGCGAUUGAUCUCUUUGCCGUCUCUAUUGCCCUUCACUCGGCCAAAAUGCAAGAGAGCAGCGUGGAGCAAUUUGCCACUUUCUUGUCUUCGCCAUCUCUUCAGAGAAAUCCCGGUCGAAAUGCUGCCUUGAUUGUCAAUGUUUCUAUUGCUCUUCUCCACGCUUUGAAAGUCGCUGUCAAGGAGACAGACUUCGUAGCCGGAAAAUUGAAUUCAUCCACGGAUAAGAUAUUGCAGGAGCUGAUUCAGAAAUUUGUGGUCGAUGCUGAUCCGAUUGUGCGAACCAUCGGGGUUGAGGCCAUGGGACGACUCUGCGACAGUGCGGGACAUUCAUGCACCAGUGCGCAAGUGAAUUGGCUUGUUGAGACAAUUGUUGCGAACAGAGAGCCGAAUGCUCGAGCCGGCUGUGCCGCUGCCUUGGGAUGCAUUCAUUCGCAAAUUGGUGGAAUGGCAGCUGGCCUGCAUCUCAAGACCAUCGUCGGCGUGUUGAUGUCCCUUUGCAAUGAUCCGCAUCCUGUCGUGCACUUCUGGGCUCUUGGUGGGCUGGAGAGAGUGGCGAACUCGGCGGGCUUAACCUUCUCACCUUUCGCCUCGAGCUCCUUGGGCAUGCUUGCUCAGCUGUACAAUGCUGAUACUCACAAUGAAGAAGCAGCUGUACUAUCAACAUCAAACAUUGAGAUGUCGUUUUUGACACCUGUUGUUAUCAGUCGAUGCGUUGAUUCGCUGAUCAAUGUUCUCGGGCCAGAUUUGCAAGAUGUUGUUAAGACUCGCAAUUUGAUUCUUACACUGCUGCGCCAAUUUCAGUUGGAGGAGAACCCGGCUCUUGUCACUGAAAGCUCCAAGUGCUUGGAUCAUUUCUCUCUGUAUGCUCCCAGCUUCGUUGACUUUGAGGGAUAUGUCAGGCGCUUGCAGGGUGAGCUCCGUGCAAAUAAUUCUCUAAUGCGAGACGUGGCUGUCCACGGACUCAGCAACCUGAUGAAAAGAGAUGCUUCGGCCGUUGUACAAACGGCGAGUGACAGCCUUGAGGAUGAAAUCUGGCUUGCAUUUGAUGACGCUCCGGACAAUGGACCUUUGAGAACCAUGAUUAAGGAGUGGCUACAGCAGACUGCUCUUACAGAAACCGAAUUGUGGAUUCAACGCUGCCAGAACAUCAUGACCAAAACCCGCAUCAAGGCUGAGGCGGUUCCAACAACCGGCGUCCAGGCCGCCGCAGCUGAUAUUCCUGAUGACGAGGUAGCAGGAUUCGCAACGGCAGCGGCCGGCGAGGGCCAAGUUGAUCCCGCUAGCGAUGGUAUCUCUAGUCAGGAACUGCUAAAAUGGCAAACUCGAAAUUUCGCGAUGAGCUGUCUUUAUGAACUCCUCGUCAUUGCGAAAGAAGCCAUUCUGCCCGACCAGACAAUCCCGGCAGAAGUCGCGCUACAAGCCAAGGUUGGAGACAUUGUGCGCAUGGCAUUCUCGGCGUCAACAGCUCAUGUCAUUGAGUUGCGGGUAUGGGGUUUGAAAAUUCUUGACCAAGUCCUGACAAUGUUUGGAAAGACUCCAGACCCUGACUUUGCCGAGGCCUCUCUUCUUGAGCAGUACCAGGCUCAAAUUGGAUCAGCACUGACCCCGGCAUUUGCUGUUGAUUCAUCAGCUGAGCUUGCUUCAGAGGCGAUCAACGUCUCUGCCACGUUUAUUGCUACGGGUAUAGUAACAAAUGUCGACCGAAUGGGCAGGAUCCUCAAACUUCUUGUUCUUGGACUCGAAAACUUCGCCAAAAACCCGGAAACAACCGAGAUUGGUGACCUCAAAGGCUUGAACUCAAACGCGCGUGUCAUGGUCAAACUUGCUCUGUUUUCGGCAUGGGCUCGACUACAGGUUGCGAGUACGGAGCAAGACUAUCUUAACCAGGUGGUCCAGCCAUAUCUUGCAAAACUCACACCUCUUUGGCUGUCUUCGCUACAAGAGUAUGCUCGGUUGCGCUUCGAACCUGAUAUUUCGGGCGCACUGGGUACGAGUACGCAGAGUAGUGACUUGGACGAAGUGUACGCAGCGCUCAAUCGAGAAACGUUGCUUAAGUUCUAUCAAGACACUUGGCUUAGCUUUGUCGAUGCCAUUGCUGGUCUCGUGGAAAAAGACAUUGAUUUUGUAUUUGAUGCACUUGAUGGCAAGCUCCAAUUAUCGGAUGGAUCACCAGGAUCCGACAAGACGGACGAGAACAGCGAGGAAGGUAAAUAUAAGGAGAAGGCUCUGACCGAUGCUCGACUGAACGGCAAAGGUCACGACAUCAAUUACCGGGAAGAACCAGUCGCAUUCUUCUUCGUUCUGUUCGGGCUUGCUUUCGAAGCUCUCGUUGAUCAGUCGACUUUAUCGUCCCAGCGACUCGAAAUCUUGCAGGCGCUCAAGAGAAUACUGCGGCCUCUUGUCGCGGGAAAUGCGAUUUAUCAAGACGCUGUUUUCUCGGAGACCAUGGACACAUUCGAUCGUCUGGUACUGACUGAGGCAAGCCCUGUGCAGAACGUGAUCGUCGAGAUUGCUCAAAAUUUGUCUUUGGACCAUCCGGCAGCCCAAAGCGACCAAGAGCGGAGUGAUCAUCUCUCUGAUGAUAUUGAACAGCUCUUUGAGCUCACAAGGAGCAUCAUUCUUGUGCUUGCCGGCAUGCUUCCUAAUCUCCGCGAAUCGGCCCCAAUGGCACGAUUCAGUGUGACAUCAGAUGAUUCGCUUGCUCUGAUUCGCUUAGCACUCAAAUCUCUGGUUAACGUCGCAUCGAUCUUCCCAUCUGUCAUCCGUAAUGAUCUUCACGCUUGCAUUUUACACAUCUUUACCACGAUUCUCGCUACAGGCAUUUGCCAGGCCGAGGUCGUUCCCCAGGCUCUGCCUAUUUUUAGGCAAUUCGUUCAAGCCAUUACUCAAUCUUCUGAAAUUCCAGAGGACCUUGACGUGGUUUCAUUUCAAUUGCGCGGAUGCAUGACUCGCUUCCUGACUAUACUCACCAUUGCCCAGCGUCGAGAGUCAGAGUCAUCUGUCCCUUGCGCCAAGAAUACACUUUUGGCAAUUACCUUCCUUUUGACAGCCGGUGGCCAUGCAAUCCCACCCCGGGACCCUGUCAUCUACCGGGUGCUAGAUGAGUUCCUCGACUGUCUUCAAGACGUGGGGCUUGCUACGGUUGCUGCCAGCUGCCUUCGGUCAAUCCUUGGCAAGCCUGGCUCGCGCUCCAUGACGGACGAUGCCAUUGCGCAUCACCUUAUUCCUCGACUCAUUGCCUUCCUCGUCGGCUGUCCUGCUGACUCGGGUGAGGUCCCCAACGAUCCUGAGAACUCUCGGAGUGUCAUCGCGCGAACCCUCGUCUCCUGCGCUACCAGUGAUUCUAUAUGGCCAGCGGCCAAAGCCACCAAAAUGUCGCUCAUCACGUCCACAAUCCUGGCACGAGCCAGGAAUGAGGGCCAAUCUGUUCACCAAGAGUCAGCCGCAUAUUUACUUGAGUUGGCCAAGGCCGACCAGCUCAUCUUCAGAACUUUGGUCGCGAGCAUGAACGGUGUGCAGAAGUCGCUUCUUGAGGAAGUCCUUCGGAGUGCUAGCACUGAAUCAUCGAGGUCUGAAGAUGUCGACCAUCAUUCGCAACAAGCUGCUCCGACUAUUGCUCUGCGUAUGGAUUUCUGA